AGGGCCGCCCACAGCGCCGCCCGGCCCUGGGGGGGCGGGGCCGGGGCCGGCUGAGCCUGCCGGGCUCCCGUCCGCCCCCCCCCCUUGCCGGGUGCUGGCGGCGGAACCAGGCAGCGGCGGCCAGGAUGGCAGCACCCAUCAUCCCCGAGAGCGCCAGCAUCAAAAAAGCGGUGUUGCUCAUUAACGUGAUAGACACAGGCAAAUUUCCUCGAUUACUCUCCCGCAUCCUUCAAAAGCUUCAUCUAAAGGCUGAGAGCAGUUUCAGUGAAGAGGAGGAAGAAAAACUUCAAGCUGCGUUUUCAGUGGAGAAGCAAGAUCUUCAUUUAGUCCUUGAAACUAUAUCAUUUAUUUUGGAACAGGCAGUCUAUCAUAACCUGAAACCAGCUAUUCUGCAACAGCAGCUGGAGAGCAUUCACCUUGAUCAAGACAAAGCAGAAGCAUUUGUCAAUGCGUGGACUGCUGCAGGUCAAGAUACAAUUGAAAAGUUCAGGCAGAGGAUUUUGGCCCCUCAAAAGCUUGAGACAAUUGGAUGGCAGCUUAACCUUCAGAUGGCUCAGUCUACCCAAGCUAAACUGAAAUCUCCUCAAGCUGUAUUAGAACUUGGAAUGAGCAAUGAAGAUUCAAAGUGACUGACAGGAUGUCUUUGUUAAAACUCAGCACUUUUGCAGAGGCAUAAGAAGUCCCUAGUGCAAGAAUAGGUUAGGGCCCCCUUCCUGAUUCUGAAAUCUGAGCCCCCCGAACCUACUCCACUGUCUCCCAGCACCUCUCAUUCCUCCAACAGCUCACUGCACCGCACCAUAACAUAUCCUAUGUGCUCCCAACCCCGACCCGCAGAUCCCCAGCACUUCCUGCUCACCCCUAGUCCAGCAACAACUCAUCACCCAGCUUUGUUUUGUGACCACUCCCUGGCACCACUUGAGCUAUGCAGCUCCAGCCAGUAGUUUUGCACAGCAGCUCAGCUCCAUCCAUCACCUGCCCUGCCCUCACAUAGUGCCAGCCAAGUCUGAGUAACGAGUGGUGUUACAACCUGGCACAUGGGGUUGCAGCACUGCUUAGGUUCAGCCCAACCGCCCCUCUGUCAUGACAGAGGGGCAGCAGGGCAAACCUGAGUGGCACUGUGAUCCUGCAUAUACUGUUGCACUACCACUCAAAUUUGACUCAGCUGCCCUUCCAUCCAACAGAGAUACAGUAGAACCAGAUUUGAGUGAGUGGUGUUGAACCGCUCUGUUUGGUUGGGCCUCAUAACCUUGUGGACCUUGACAUGACUGCAGCACUUUACACUAUUGUAGCUACCUUAUUGCACUCUCACCCCUUAAAAUAAGUUGUGUGGGCUAACCAUGUACAACCUCCAAGAUCGGCACAUC